UCCUGUUUAGCUCUUUUUCACUUGGUUGCCAGGGUGACACGUCUGAAAAGCGUAGCCUACCUGCUCCACACAGUAAACAUACUUCUUUUUUUUCUGUUUCGUGUUUUGCCAAGAGACCGGGCUGAGUAAGGGAGAGAGGGGGGGGGAGAAAGAGGUGUUCAUUGCAGCACACUCACACUCACUCACUUCCACUUCUCCCAGAAGAAGAGGGCUGCAGCUUCAUCACCAUGUCGCGGCUCUCGGAAGAGGGCGACAGGGUCCGCUGCGAAGAAAUCAGCGGAAGGCGCUACUUGAAAUAAAUGGUCGCCGGUAAAUGACAGGAUACAUGGAGAUAACACAAGUCUGCGCCUGUGAGAAAUCUGUGCAAGGGAAACCCUCGGGAGGUCCCAGGAGAAGAUGGAGGCAUUCUGGAGAAGAAAACCUCAUGUUGAGAAAGAGCGCCGCGUGAAAGCCAACGCGUGGGACUACAAUGACAGGUUCUCUUAUGCCGAUAAUCGCAUCAAAACCUCAAAGUACAAUAUCUUCACCUUCCUGCCCAUCAACUUGUUUGAGCAGUUCCAGAGGGUGGCAAACGCUUACUUCUCAGUGCUCUUAAUACUGCAGUUAAUUCCAGAAAUAUCCUCCCUGUCCUGGUUCACAACCAUCGUGCCUUUGGUGUUUGUGCUCGUGAUCACGGCUGUUAAGGACGCCACAGAUGACUAUUUCCGAUACAAGAGCGACCAACAAGUCAACAACCGGCAGUCACAGGUUCUCAUCAGAGGAAGUUUGCAGAAUGAAAAAUGGAUGAAUGUUCGAGUAGGGGAUAUCAUCAAACUAGAGAACAAUCAGUUUGUUGCUGCAGACAUCCUCCUUCUCUGUAGCAGUGAGCCUUAUGGUCUGUGCUAUGUUGAGACUGCAGAGCUAGAUGGAGAGACCAAUCUAAAAGUCCGCCAGGCUUUAACCGUUACCUCAGAUUUGGGAGACAUUUCUAAACUGAUGGACUUUGAUGGAGAAGUCAUUUGUGAGCCUCCAAACAACAAGCUGGAUAGGUUUACUGGAACAUUAUACUGGAAAGGCAAUAAAUAUCCUCUGGAUAAUGAAAAAAUGCUUCUGCGGGGCUGUGUACUCAGAAACACUGAGUGGUGCUUUGGAAUGGUCAUAUUUGCUGGCUCACAAACCAAACUGAUGCAGAACUGUGGAAGGACGAAACUGAAAAGGACCAGUAUUGACAAACUCAUGAACACUCUGGUUUUGUGGAUUUUUGCCUUCCUUAUUUGUAUGGGAGUUGUUUUGGCAAUUGGACACACUAUUUGGGAGACGUAUGUUGGCACAAACUUCAGAGUGUUUUUGCCGUGGGACACGUUCCAGAUUAGCGCUGUGUUCUCUGGAUUCCUCACCUUCUGGUCCUACAUCAUCAUCCUCAACACUGUUGUGCCCAUCUCGCUGUAUGUCAGUGUGGAAGUCCUGCGACUUGGUCACAGUUACUUCAUUAACUGGGACCGGAAGAUGUACCACAGCCCGAUGGGCACUGCAGCCGAAGCUCGCACCACCACCCUGAAUGAGGAGCUGGGCCAAGUGGAGUUCAUCUUCUCUGACAAGACAGGCACCCUGACCCAGAACAUCAUGGUCUUCAGCAAGUGCUCCAUUAAUGGACAGAUGUAUGGUGAUGUCUACGAUGAAUUUGACCAGAAGGUGGAAAUUACAGAGAAAACAGCCUGCGUGGAUUUUUCCUUCAACCCUCUCUGCGACAGAAGGUUCAAGUUUUUCGACAGCAGCUUGGUCGAAGCCAUCAAAAUGGAGGAUCCUGCAGUGCAGGAGUUUUUCAGGCUGCUGGCCUUGUGUCACACUGUCAUGCCAGAGGAGAAGAGCGAAGGAAAUUUGGUGUACCAGGCACAGUCACCUGAUGAGGGAGCACUGGUCACUGCGGCGCGAAACUUUGGGUUUGUCUUCCGGGCGCGAACCCCAGAAACCGUCACACUGUGUGAGAUGGGACGAACCGUCACCUACCAGCUUCUGGCCAUACUGGACUUCAACAACGUGCGCAAGAGAAUGAGUGUCAUUGUGAGAAGCCCAGAAGGCCAGAUUAAACUCUACUCCAAAGGCGCUGACACGAUUAUUUUUGAACGUCUGGAUCCAUCCAGUGAAAACCUUAUGUACACUACCUCAGAACACCUCAGUGAAUUUGCUGGGGAAGGGCUUCGAACAUUAGCUCUGGCCUACAAAGACCUCGAUGAAGAUUAUUUUAAAGUUUGGAUGAAGAGGCUUCUCUUUGCCAGCACUGUAAUAGAGAAUCGUGAAGAUCAGCUUGCUGUCCUUUACGACGAGAUUGAACUGGGCAUGAAGCUUCUAGGAGCCACGGCAAUUGAAGACAAACUUCAGGAGGGAGUUCCAGAGACCAUCGCCUGCCUAAAUCUAGCUGACAUUAAAAUCUGGGUCCUUACAGGGGACAAACUAGAGACAGCAAUGAACAUUGGGUACUCCUGCAACAUGCUGCGAGAUGACAUGAAUGAGGUGUUUGUUAUCUCCGGCCACUCCCUGCAGGAUGUGCAGCAGCAGCUCAGGAGCGCCAAAGAGCACAUCCUCGGCCUGAGUCGCGUGAGCAGUGCAGGACAUGUUGAGAAGACUGAUGCGUUUGCAGAUGAUUCUGUGUUUGAAGAAGCUAUAAUUGCAGAGUAUGCCUUAGUUAUCAAUGGACACAGUCUGGCUCACGUUCUGGAGCCCCAGCUGGAGCACAUCCUGUUGGAUUUGGCCUGUCUAUGUAAAACGGUGAUCUGCUGCCGGGUAACGCCAAUGCAGAAAGCUCAGGUGGUGGAGCUGGUAAAGAGGCACAAGAGAGCUGUCACCUUGGCCAUAGGAGAUGGAGCCAAUGAUGUCAGCAUGAUCAAGACUGCUCACAUCGGUGUUGGGAUCAGCGGACAGGAGGGGAUGCAGGCUGUUCUGGCCUCAGAUUACUCCUUUGCCCAGUUCCGGUACCUGCAGAGGCUCUUGCUGGUUCACGGACGCUGGUCUUACUUCCGCAUGUGUAAUUUUCUGGGAUAUUUCUUCUACAAGAACUUCGCCUUCACCCUGGUGCACUUCUGGUACGGUUUCUUCUGCGGCUUCUCAGCUCAGACUGUGUAUGACCAGUGGUUCAUCACCCUCUUCAACAUUGUCUACACAUCGCUGCCAGUACUAGCAAUGGGACUGUUUGAUCAGGAUGUCAAUGACCAGAACAGCCUUCGCUACCCAAGUCUGUACAAACCCGGCCAGCAAAACCUUCUCUUCAACAAGCGUCAGUUUUUCCUGUGCACACUGCAGGGGAUGGCCACGUCAUUCCUGCUUUUCUUCAUUCCCUACGGGGCUUUCCCUCUCAUGGUGAAAGAAGACGGCUCCCCCUUUUCAGACCAACAGGCGUUUGCCGUCACCAUAGCAACGUCCUUGGUCAUUGUUGUAAGUGUUCAGAUCGGACUCGACACGCACUACUGGACUGCAGUCAAUCACCUCUUCAUAUGGGGGAGCCUGAUGGUGUACUUUGCCAUAUUAUUUGCAAUGCAGAGCGACGGCUUGUUUGGCAUUUUUCCGAGCAGUUUCCCAUUUAUCGGCACGGCUCGUAACUGUCUGUCAGAGAAGAGUGUGUGGUUGGUUGUUCUGCUCACCACUGUGGUGUGUGUUAUGCCUGGCUUAGUCGUCAGGUUCCUCAGAGUGGAUCUCUUCCCGACGUUGACAGACAAGGUUCGUCGUCUCCAACAGUCCAGGAAGAAACAAGGACCUCAGGAACAGAACCUGAGGCGAGUACGCAGGACAAGCUCCCGCCGCUCUGCCUACGCCUUCUCCCACCAACAGGGCUUCGGCGAGCUGAUUACCUCAGGCAAAAACAUAAGGAGGAGCACAGUCUCUUCACUUUGCGCUCCCGAAAGAAUAGCACAAAGCCACAGCUCCAGCUGGAUAGAAAACAUGUUAAAGAGGAAGAAUGAAGUUUCCUGUGCCUCACCUGAAAGUGAAGGUGGAGCACCAGAAAGCGGCAACAGAGCAAUACAGACUCGAAGCAAAAAAAGCACGCAGACUGAACUCGACAUUUAAGACACUGCAUACAGUAAAGGGUACCGUAUGCAUGGAUCCUACAGACCAAGCACAAUUUUGAGUGAAUCUUUGCUCAAAUCAGCUACACAAAUGUACCUCAGUUAUUUUUGUUGUUUUUUUUUGUUUUUUUUUAAAAAGUGCGAGUUAUGCGGACACUGAAUGUUAUAAAUGCCAGCCAAAACAUAAUUAAACGAGGGAACCAUUCCCGAAUGAACAAAGAAAUUGGCAAACCCUCACUCUGACAGCAUAGGUUAUUUUUCAUGACAAUAUUUGCAUGAAUUGCAAAAGUUAAACAUUUAUCGUUGCUCAGAAAUAAUCCAGUUUGACCUUAGUUUUGUACCAUUAUAAUGGCAUGGCCUCUUCUGAUUAAUAAAGACGUUUCAGUA